AGUGGCAUGAUUCCAAAAAUGCGAAGGAGAAUUGGAGAAAGAAAGUGUUUUUGACGAAAAAAUUAAAACAAAAAUGAUAAAUUAAAGCUAAAACAAAAUAUUAAUAAGACGGUGCUUCAAAAACAUAAAAUAAUGGAAAUUUUGAACGUAAAGUAAAAUCAUAAACAAAAUGUGAGUAGAGGCAGAGGUGCAGUUUGGAAAGACCGGGUGAUUUGAAAACGAAGAGUGAGUGAUCAAAAGUGGUAAAAUCUGAAAGAGAAAAAUAUAAACUAUAGGGUUUAAGGUUUUCCUAAACCUUCAAGCAUCAGAGGAAGAGUGGUAAAAUUUUCAUAGUGUUGAUAAAAAGGCAGAGAGCAAGUUAUUUGGUAUUUACUGGUCAAGAUCAUAGCAGGGUGAAAUUCAGUGACAAUGUAUCUUCAACCUUAUACAAAUGACAAUGGUGAUGAUACUAGCAAGGUGAUAGUUGGAUAGGGUUGUCAUUGGUCAGCUGUGAUCUUUUUGGUCAGUUCAAAGUUGAACUUGGAGAUGUCAUAUGUUGCAGCCCCAUUAUCACAAGAAACAUUCACUCAAAAUUCAUCUCAAACUCAGAGACACAUUAGAGUGAAAAGUGAUCCAGCUUGGGGACAUUGUAAAGUUGCUGAGGAGAAUGAAAAAACUAUUCUGUUGUGUCUCUAUUGUAAUAAAAUUUUUAGGGGCGGUGGCAUUAAUAGGUUCAAGAAUCACUUGGCUGGAGAAAAAGGGCAAUGUGAGCAAUGUAAGAACGUGCCUGCAGAUGUUCGAUUUCAAAUGAAGCAAAAUCUUGAUGAACGUAAAAACAAGAGAAGAAAAGUCCGAGAAGAAUAUGUGGAUAGUAAUGAAUUUGGUGAAGAUCAAAUGAGAAUAGUUGUGGAUGAAGUGCAAGAGCCAAUAAGAGUAUGUAAUCUCAAUCCACCUCAAAAGGGGAAGAACAUCAAUCGCAUAGGUCAGUAUUUCAUGCCUAAAACAACCCCUAGAGCUCAACCUACCUUAAAGAGUGGGUUGCAAAGUAAGGAAGUCAUAGAAAAAUGUGACCUUGCCAUUGCAAAGUGGAUGAUUGAUGCUUCUGUGCCAUUUAAUGCAAUUAAUUCAGCAUAUUAUCAACCUAUGAUUGAUGCUAUUAGUAGCAUGGGUCCAAGUUAUAAAGGUCCAAAUUUUCAUAGAGUUCGUGGUUGUUUAUUAAAUAAAUGGGUUGAUGAUGUGAGGAAGCUUGUGGAUGGUUAUCGAAUUGUUUGGAAGCAAACUGGAUGCACUCUUAUGGCUGAUGGGUGGAAUGAUGGCUGUAGGAGAACUUUCAUUAAUUUUCUAGUUUAUUGUCCUAAAGGAACUGUUUUCUUAAGGUCUGUUGAUGUUUCUCAUGCUUCUAAAUCUGCUGAAAUGUUGCAUAAGCUUUUUAGGGAGAUGGUGUUAUUUGUUGGGCCUGAGAAUGUUGUUCACAUAGUGACAAGUAAUGCUGAAAAUUAUGUUGCUGCUGGAAGAUUAUUGGAAGCUGAGUUUCCUAAGUUAUAUUGGUCUCCAUGUGCUACACAGUGCAUUAAUUUGAUGUUGGAUGACAUUAUGAAAUUAGAGGAAGUAAGUGAGAUUGUGUCACUUGCUUCAAAAAUUACCAAGUAUAUUUACAAUCAUUGUUAUUCUUUAUAUUUGAUGAGAAAAUAUACAGGUGGAAAAGAUAUACUUGGUCCAGCUCCAACUCAGUCUGCCACUAAUUUCAUUGCCUUGCAAAGUAUAUUGGCUCAUAAAGAUGCACUAAGAGCCAUGGUAACAUCUAGAGAUUGGACAAGCUCAGCUUAUGCCAAAGAAUCUAAGGCAAAAAAAAUUGUGGAACAAAUCUUAGACUCCAGGUUUUGGAAAAAAUGUGCUGAUAUUGUGAAGCUCACAGAGCCAUUGGUUCACGUCUUACAAAUUGUUGACAGUAAAGAUAAACCUGCCAUGGGUUUUCUUUACCAAGCUAUGUAUAAAGCCAAAGAGGAGAUGAUUAGGAGGUUUCAGAAAAAUAAGAAGGUAGAGCCUUACUUGAAUAUCUUGGAUAGGCAUUGGGAUUCUCUUCGUAAAAGUAUACAUGCUGCUGGUUAUUGGUUAAAUCCAGCUUGUCAUUUCAAUGAAGAAUUUGCUAAGCAUAAGUCCACCACAUCUGGCCUUUUGGAUGUCAUUGAAAGGUAUGCUCAUGGAGAUCCUGAUUUGCAAUUUAAUUUGGCAAGUGAAAUGAGAAUAUUUAAAAAUGCCGAGUUAGAUUUUGGGAGGCUAGUUGCUACACGUGAACGGAAUACGGUGAUGCCAGAUGAAUGGUGGGAAUCUUAUGGAUGUGGUACACCAAACUUACAAAAGCUGGCUAUUCUUGUUCUAAGCCAAACUUGCAGUGCUUCAAGUUGUGAACGGAAUUGGAAUAUAUUUGAGCAUAUUCAUUCAAAUAAAAGGAAUAGGUUAGAGCAUCAAAAGCUUAAUGAUCUUGUUUAUGUUCGUUACAACUUGAAGUUGCAACAAAGGAAUCCUCUAAGGCUUCAAAAUUAUGACCCAAUCAAUUUUGAAACAUUAGAUGACCAUUCUAAUUGGGUAGUGAAGGAGUCACCACCAUUCUUAACUAAUGAAGAGAUAGAUGUUUUACGUAAUGACCUUGCAAAUAUGUCCAUUCAACCAAUUUCUGAUGAUAUUGUUAAAUUAAAUUUGGAUGAUGAUGAUGAUGAUGCACAAGACAACACUGGGGAGAAUGACGAUGAUGAGGCCCAAGAAAACACUAUGGAGAAUGUGAAUCUAAAUGAAAAUAAUAUUGAUGAAACUUCUCAUUUCUUGGAUGAAGAAAAACCACCCGCUGAUCCAACUUUGGCUCCUUGAGUAUAAAUUCUGGAUUUCUGUACUUUAAUGUUAUUGUGAGCUUGUGUUUAUUUAUAAAUCAUUAGAUUUUGACCCGUGCAACGUAAACAUGAUAUUUAAGAACUUUUAUUUGAAUUU